AUGAUUUCUAAAUAUACGGUAUCUGUUGCAGCACUAGUUUAUUGCACUUUCUUGCUCUUCUAUUUCACCACAUCAACACAAUGUGCAACCUAUUCGAAUCCUUCAAUAACAGUGUGGGGAAGUAACAUGAUCGGAAAUUUGGCAUAUCCUAUUCUGAAUGCUGCCAAGACACCUGUUGAAUUGCAACACUUUGGAGAAAUGUUUUCUAAUAAUUACACAUGGAAUGUUGCCUAUGGAAUGAGCAAUGUUAUUACCACUCCAACAGUUAUAACAGGAGGUUUGACAUUUACGACAGUUUUACUGUCAUUUAGAAAUGGUACUGAUAAUUCAUUGAUUGGACAAACUAUUCUCAUGGCAGGAGAUAAUAGUAAUUCAUAUUUUGCAUUUGCUGAAGUUCCUUAUAAUAUUCCAAAUUAUGUAACUUUAGGUUACUAUCGUCAGGAUAAAAUAGCCACCAAUCCAUUGAAAGAUAAGGAAGUUCACAAAAUCAAGUGUUGGUUUACAUGUAUUCUGGCCACCACAGAUAAUCAAGUCUAUGUCCAUCAAUUAUUUGGAUUAGGUUUAGCUAAAUAUGAUGUUCCAACAACUUUCGUCGAUCCAGAUUUGCAAGUAUCUAUCACUGCAAACAUAGCUCAGGUUUAUGUUGGUGGAGUAUUUGGCGAACCAACUUAUUUAGUCUUGAUGGAUAGUGGUCAUAUCUUUUCAUGGGGUGGUUGGGGUGAUGGAUUAAGAGGUCACACUCCUGAAAACACUGGAACUGACUCCACACCAACACUUUUACCCAAAUUACGUAAUGUUCUGUCGAUGAGUCUUUAUAGUUAUAGUGCAGCUGUCAUUAAUUCUACCUAUCAUGUAUUGGUUUGGGGUUCGAAUGUAGAUGGAGCAUUAGGAAUUGGAAAUACUGGAACAAGUGUCUUUUCAGAACCACAACUCCUUCCAUUAGAUUAUUCCACUGAGAAACCGAUAAAGAUUACUCUUGGAGAUCGUACUGGAACAAUAUUAACAGAGUCAAAACAUGUUUAUGUGUUUGGUGCAAAUAAUGAAGGACAAGCAAGCUCUAAUCCUGCUUUUGGAGGUUCCCCUAUUUAUACACCCUAUAAUUUGACAUCUGUAAUUAAUAGUGCUGCCACUACAAGAGGUUUAAGCGGUGAAAUACUUGACAUUGACAGAAGUAGUAAUGCAGGUUUUUGCUUGUUUGGUAUUAUGGGAGCUGCUAGUUUGUUAUCAUGGGGAAAGGAUCCUGAUAGAGGAAGAACAUCACCAUACGAUAUGUAUGAUAUAGAUAUUGGAGGUGAUACAAUUCCUUCUGAAGGAUUUUUAACUCUUAAUGGUUAUUCCUUAAUAAGUGGAAACUCUGGAAAGUUUUAUGCAUUUGGUGAUAAUUACAGAGGCCAAAUGGGUUAUGGGGAUUACAAACAAGUUCUUCCUUCUCCUCUAACACUCAAUGGUUACAAUCCAUUUGCAAAUAAUGUGAGAAAUGUUUUAGUGAGAUCAACUAAUGGUUGCUCCUAUAUUAAUAUCAAUUAUGAAGGAGGAAAUUCAACUCUCCACAAUUGGGGUGUUUGUGCUAGUGGUACCUCAUUAAACAGCAAUGAAAUUGUCUCUUCAACCCCUCCUCAACAAGUCAAUGCAACACAAUAUAACAAUAGUGAAAUUAUUGACAUUCGAAUUUCAGCAACCAAUGGAUUAAUUUUGACAAGUUCAGGAAAAGUAUAUGGUUGGGGAAGUGGCCAUGCUUAUCAGUAUGGUAUUGAUUAUAUAUCUUCAUUUCUUUUCACUCCAAUUGAUGUAUUUUCUGAGACACCAAAUUGGACUGCAAAAAAGAUAGCUACUGGAUAUAAUUUCCUUGGUAUACAAUUGAAUAAUGGAAGUAUAGUGGUUAGAGGAGCUGUUGGAAAUUUUGGAGCUCCUAACAUGCCAUCCAUAGCAACUUCAUGGACUGAGCUAGAUAUUUCCAAUGCAACUAGUGCCAUAGGUGAAACCCUUCAAGAUUUUGCAAUUUGCACCAACACAUUUUAUAUCUUGACCAAGUCAGGAAAGGUCUUUGCUAUUGGUGAAAAUUCAAACUAUAGAAUAAUCUAUAGUGCUACUGUUACAACAGUUACAAAUUGGACCAGAUUGGAAAACGGCUUAAUUGGCUCAAAGAAAAUAAUCAAAAUUAUAUGUGGAAAUCUUCCAGCUUUUCUUUCAGAUGAUGGUAUUGCAAUGUACUAUUAUUCAGGAACAUCUCUUGUCAAACUAAUUCCAAACUCUGAGCUAGUAGUUGAUGUAUCUGCUGGAGAUGACAGUUCUAUGGCUACACUUUACGUUACCAAUAGGGGCAAUAUUUAUGCAAGAGGUUUAAACGAAUAUCUUCAAGCAGCUCCCACCUCUACGAGUCUAUAUAAUGAUGAACCUGUUCUGGCACUUGCAAAACCAAAUGGAAAGAUACCUCUUACACUGGAUUCAGGUGAGGCAUUUAAUGUUAUUAUUACUGUAGAUGAAUGGCAGUGUUUUGGAAAGAAUGCAACAAGUGUGGAUGUAUGUUCUGGAAAUGGUUUCUGUAUUGGAAUUGAUUCAUGUCGAUGUUUUUCAAAGUACUCUGGAAGUAGAUGUCACAUUCCACUCUAUUAUCCACCAACUCCAAUGGAAGAUUAUUAUAUUAAUAAUUUGGAUAAAUCUCCACCAUCAUUAAGAUACAAAAUGUCCAACAGAAUUGCUAAAUAUUUCAAGUAACAAGUAUUAUAGAAAUUUAAAGC